CAGAGAGAGAGAGAGAGAGCGAGAGAGAGAAAAAGGGGGCAGGUUACUGUGAUUCGUAAACUAGUAAACCCAACCUCUUUUGUGCUGCCUCCAUCCAAUGAAUAAAAGUUGGAGAGAGAAAAGAAAGAGAAAAGAUGAAGCAAAAGGCACAGCAGUAGGAGAGGAGAUAGAUCUUCGCUGAAGGAGGUUGCGUCAAGGAAAAAGGAGAGAGAGAAUUUGGGGGAAAAAGAGUGUGUUGAGACUAUUAAAUUUGACGAGAUCUCUGUAUUUGCAUCAACUUUUGGAGACUGCAACAACAUUAACAACAGCAGCAACACAGCGAGAAGUCUCCUCAAAGCUCUGCGCUCUACAUUUGUCUGUAUUUAUUGACUUGGAUUUUCAAGCAAUCGGCUUUGGGGUUCGGCUGUGGAAUUUGGUGUUUUGCCUGCAGUGACUUUUCAGAAAAAGUUACAACCAGCAAUGUGUGAUUUUGGAAUGGAUCAAGUGGCUCCCGUUUGCAAAGAACCCCGAGCAGUGCUUAAGCGCCAGUCAGCGUUCGACACGUAUGAACCGCUCGGCAGCAUCUUUGCCGGGUUGCUGUCGUAUUUGGACGAAGACCAGACGUUACAGGAGGUACCGACGGGCAUGGCUUCCCUCUUAUACGACGUCGGCACCAGUGAGGUGCCUCUCCUCACGCCGGGCAGCAAGGCCGUCAUGAGCCUGGCUCUGAAGGAGAGCUUCAGCGGCUUCGCCAAGGAGCAGUGCCGUCUGGGAAUCGCCAAAGAUCCUCACGUGUGGAGUGAGCGGCAGGUCAGCCAGUGGUUGCAAUGGGCCAUCAAUGAGUUCAGUCUGGAAAACGUCAACUUCCAAAAGUUCAGCAUGUCCGGGCAGGCACUCUGUGGCCUGGGUAAGGACAGCUUCCUGGAACUGGCGCCCGAUUUCAUCGGAGAUAUCCUUUGGGAACACCUGGAACAGCUAAUGAAAGCUUGUCAGGAGGAGCCGCAGUCACAGUGCCUGGGAACUCCGACACACUACUAUUCCAACUCCCAUUGGAUCAGUAGCCAUUCGAACGGUAUCAGAAACAGCCAUACCCAGUGCGGAGAGGGAGCUCUCUCGGGUUACAUCGAGACCAGCCUGCACGGACAGAUCUUGUCAGACUUAAGAAACCAGGAGUUCCUGAACAUGACCCACGACUUCCAGCUUCAGCCCAACCCGACGGCACCUCGUGCUGAGAUGAGCUAUUACCCCCCGCAGCGGCAGCAAUUGACCACCGACAACCUUCUCCAACUGAGCAUCAUGGGCAGGGCUGGACCCCAGAAGCAAGCGUCCCUGGAAAGCGUGGACAGUUUUGACAGCUCAGACUCGGUGCUGAGGUCGUGGGGCAGUCACUCCUCGCUGUGUGACACCCAGCGCGUCCCCUCGCAGGACAGCUUCGAGGUGGAAUGCAGCCAGUCCCUGUGUCCCAGCAAACCCAACAUCUCCUUCAAGGACUACAUUGAAAAGAGGAAAGAGCCCCUGGAGCUGGGGAAGCCCGUCAUUCCUGCCGCUGUCCUCGCUGGGUUCACAGGAAGUGGGCCCAUUCAGCUCUGGCAGUUCCUACUCGAAUUAUUGACAGACAAAUCGUGCCAGUCUUUCAUCAGCUGGACCGGGGACGGAUGGGAGUUUAAGCUGACCGACCCUGAUGAGGUGGCCCGGCGAUGGGGCAGGAGGAAGAACAAGCCCAAGAUGAACUACGAGAAGCUGAGCCGUGGGCUCCGCUAUUACUACGACAAGAACAUCAUCCACAAGACCGCGGGGAAGCGUUACGUGUACCGCUUCGUGUGCGACCUUCACAACCUGCUGGGCUACACAGCGGAGGAACUGCACUCCAUGCUCGGUGUCCAGCCAGACACCGAGGACUGAGCCCCAGAACAGGCCAGCCCGUGCCCCCGCCCUCUCUUCUCCCUCCCCCACCGCACACGAACAUAUAUGCCAUUUUAUUUCACGGCCCGGACACACCCCCACCCACCCUCCUCCGGGAUCACGAGACAUCUUUUUUUACCGUGAGAGAUUUAAAGAUGUCCCCUCUCCUCCCCACCCCCCCAUCCCCUCAUUUCCCGACAUUACGGACU